GCGGCACUGAUCUGCGGUCAUCACUUCCUCGUGCAAGCAGAACAGACAGGAGAUUAAGGAUGAGCCAAUAAAAAUACUAAGAUUUUUUUGUCUCAGGUUUCAUGUCCGUGUAUUUUUGUGGCAAGGAUGGCUUAGUGUUAUUGUGCGGGGGUUCUGCAUCAUAAAAGCAUUGUGUCUGCCGUUAAUAAGCGCUCGUAGGCAAGCUUUGGGCCCUCCACCGCUAUAACAUGAACCCGUAUGUCAGUGUGUCAGUGCCGCGGAGAGCCUCGUGCGUCAGGCAGCGCGGCGGGGACCCAAACACGUGGCGCCGCGCGUACGACAACACCCCCAGGACACAGGAAGAGUCAUAAUGGAGACGUGUUUGACCUCAUUUGUGAGCAGCUUCCUCCAGUGCGUGUUGGGGGAGCCGCCCUCACAGGCACAGCUGGACCUGUUCCUGGCUGUGGCCCGCAGAGCGGACUAUGAGAAGCUGACCAAAGGGGACUUCAUCAUCCCCCUCAACUCCCCCAAGCUGCGGGAGGUGGCCGACCCCAACACACCCUUCGGAAACUUCAUCCACAACCCCACCGAGGACAACCUCAAGAUGGUGGAGCGAGCCCUGGAGGCGUGUCGGCUGCCGGUGGGGAAGGUGUGCGUGCAGAACAAGAUGCUGCGGAUCCACCUGGACCACCCCCAGGUGAUGAAGACCUUUCUGCCGAGGGUGGCCAGGGAGGGGCUCAGGUACGGGGCCAACGCACUGCUCAAACAGGUUCCUAUUGUGCUGAGUCAUUACGCUGCACAAAGGGAGCACGCUGGCCUGAAGUACACACGUGGCAUCAAGCUAGCAAACCACAUCACCAGGAUACUCGAGUUCUGUGGCGCCAGCGUGGAUGCCAGCGACACGACUACCAGCGGGACGGGGCCGGAGAGCAAGGACGAGGAGUAUAUGAUUGUGAGCCGCGAGGAGUGUGAACCAGAGGCAGCCUGUCCAUUGGCCUCAGAACCACAAGACUCACAGAACCCACAACAUAGUAGACUCCCAGGGACAUCAGUGAACCCAGCGAGUUAUUGCGUUGUGAAUGAGAGAGAGUCUGCCAAGGGUCUUCCUGGGCAUAUGUGUGGCGACGCAGUGAGACAGAAGCUGCUGGUUGAUGGAGGGUUAGACUCACCUCCUGAGAGACAGGUAGACAGCAGUAACGAGGCUUCAGGUGUGAGUGGUGAAAUGUAUGUUAUGUGUGCACCGAGUAAUGAGGUCGUGACAACGGAAACCCAGACUCCUUAUUACUGUGUGAGUGAGAGACUUGAGUGGCCGGAGAAGGCUGACGCAGAGAGACAAACAGAUGAGACGAAGGGAGAGGAACACAGUGCACAGUUGACCCAAGAUGAAACACAGAGACAGAAAGAAAGAAGACCCUCAGAUGUGAUAGAGUUUGUAAUCACAGACAGCAUGAAGGGAAUACAAAACAGUCCAUGGGUGUAUCAGUACUUUGGGGUGGUGGACGGCAAGACUGGGAACCCCUGGACCGGAUCUGUAGAGGAAUAUUGUAGGAUACUUACUGAGGAGCUGAAACGAACCUCCGAGAUGAGACACGGGGAUAUGGACGGCUCCGAUCGUGCAGCGUUUCUUGAGGAGCAGACCCAGCGAUGCCUCACCCUACAGCUCCUCAUGCCCAGCCACUCCAGCCAGCUCAGGGUGGAGGUGGAUGGGGACACACACAACGUUAAAGAGGCUGCCUUCAUGCUGUACAACUAUGCCCGCCUGUGCUCCAUCUUCGACCACUUUGAGCAGUGUGUCCAGCAGGAGGAAGUGGCCCCCCUCCCCCCUGCUGAGGAUGUGGACUUCUCUCUCCUCAAGCAUGAUGAGGAGUGGGAGCUGGUGUGGCUGUACAUCCUCCGCUGGCCUGAGCUCCUCCAAGACGUGGCCUCGGGAGUCACGGCUGGCACCAGGAAACCCAAGAGUGGCCAGGUGGCACGUUUCCUCUACUCGCUGAGCCACAGGUGGAGCGAGUACUACGGCAGACACCAGGUGGUCCCGGAGGGCUUCCUGCCGCACCUCCUCCCCCUCAUGCACGCGCGCCUCCACCUCCUCAGCUCCCUCCACGCUGUCAUGCGCUCCUGCUUCUCCGUCCUUGGGGUCACGACACUCCCCUCCUACAUGUGA